UGUAAUGAUAAUGUUGAUGAAUGUUCUGCAUCAGAUAAAAAUGACUGUGCGAGUAACACAGAUUGUAAAGAUACAGAUGGCUCUUUUAUUUAUGGUACAUGUACUUGUAAAGAUGGUUGGGCUGGAGCCACGUGUAAUGAUAAUGUAGACGAAUGUCAGCAGACCACCACCUGUAAUUCUGUACCAAACUCUAAAUGUGAAGACCUUCAAGGAUCAUUCAACUGUAAAUGUAAUGCUGGUUAUGUAAAAGUAAAUGAUAAAUGUGAAGGUAGGUUAUAUUUUAGAUCUUAA